UCUUCAUCCUACCGCAUGGAACGUCUACUACCUCAGCGAUGGCCGUGUCCAACGAGAAGAGUCAAGGCGAAGGCAAUGGCGACGGGGACGCAGGGGGUGGAAGGCGAAAUAAUUGGAAGCAAGGGGCCGCCGGAUAAAUCCAGAAGUCGCAGUUUGACUUGUUUGUCUGGGAUCGACAGCCACCCACACUUUUGAGUUGAAGAUGGGAAUUUCUCACCGGCCGAUCUCCCCCCCUGACCGGGUCAUCCAUCGAGUGGCAGGAAAGCAGUCGAAUUGAUCCUUCGCAGACCCCCUCAGUGCCAUGGCCCUCAUCACUGUCACCUUCCUGGGGCCUGCGGCUUCCUUUUCGCAUCAGGCCGCUGUUGAAUCCUUUGGCACCUCGGUAGAGCUACUGGCCCGUCCAUCGUUCCCAGAUGCAUUUGCCUCCGUGCAGCAUCAGGAAGUUGACUAUGCCAUCGUUCCCUUCGAGAACUCUUCCAACGGGUCAGUGGUCCAGACCCUUGAUCUUCUGGCGGACCCCGCCGGUUCCUACCCAGACGUGAGAGUGUGUGGGGAGCAUUAUCUGAGCGUGCACCACUGUCUCUUGGCUCGCCACGGACAACAUGACCUCAACUCAAUCAAUAAACUGUACACUCACCCACAAGCGUGGGGUCAAUGCGAAAGGUUCCUUUCGGAACAUUUCAAGGGCGUGGAAAGACAAGAUGUUUCGUCAACCUCCAAAGCUGCCGAAAUCGUUGCAAACGAAACAGCAGAACGAAGUGCCGCAAUAGCUAGUCGGUUUGCUGCCGAGCACCACGGACUGGACAUCAUAGAGGAGAACAUCGAGGAUAAGGACAACAACACAACGCGGUUUCUGGUACUGAGGAAUCAGAAUUCAGAACGCACGACCCGAUUGCCCUUUGAGAAGGUCAAGGUCCCCCCCACGCCCUCCCCGACCGCAAGGAAAACUUUGAUAUCGUUCACGGUCCACCAGAAUGCCCCCGGGGCGCUGGCGGACGCUUUGUUGAUCUUCAAGAACCAUGGCAUGAAUCUCACAAGUAUCAACUCCCGCCCAAGCCAAAGAACGCCCUGGCAAUAUGUCUUUCUGGUCGAGUGCCAAAUGGCUCCUGCUUAUGAUGGGAAGGAGGCAGUCGCCGAGAUUUUGGCCGGACUGAAGGAUGCUACUGAAAAUAGCAGACACCUGGGGACGUGGAACAGCAUGGGCUCGUCGGGCGCCCAAUAAGAUCGCAAAAACCAUCUACUCUACGACUACUAUAUAUAGAGCCUGAGCACCAUGUGGG